UCUUGGUAUAUCUAGGUUGUUGUGCGUAGGAAGGAGCUACCCAUUUGCCCAUCUACCUAGUUAAAACACGAGCGAUAAACUCCUAAGAUUACAUGUGGAAAGGGAUCUGAAAAAGUGAAACACUGAUAUCUAUUAUCUCUCGCGGCUAGAUACCAGCCCUAGACGUAAACAUUUUCUUUCAUCCAUGAUCUACACAUAUUCUCUAACCAACAAUAUCUAUCCACGAAACCGAGGGACUUUUAAGCUUCGAUUCUCUCUCCACGGCGAUAUCACAACCACGUCAACACAAAGUUACACUAAAACCCAUCCGUACCACCAUUCAAUUGUCAGGGAAAUUCCAACAUUCUCUCAAAUCGCCCACUUUUCAACCACAUAAACACAUAUUACAACCAUUAGCUAAACGGCUUAAUGCUGUUCUAUCAACGCUCAUUAGUUUAAGUGGUAUAUUCAUGAUUACGGCGUAUCUUGCAACUUACGUACCUAGAUCAUGAGUUGAGUCUUGGUUUAGGACAGGGUUUUUGUUUUUCUUUUGAUGUGGAUUUCUAAAUUUUCAUGAUGCUCAAUCCCCGUCGGCGAACGGUGCGGCUGCGAGAAGCAGAGGAACAGCCACUUUUAAAUCGGAAUGUUUUUGGCAACGCCCUAGACCAGGAGCCACUAUUCAGUUGCAAUACAAAUCCUCAUGCUCACCUCCCGGUGUAUACGAAUAUCCACAGGAUACGAAGGGACGUCAUCAGCAUAGUCGAAGAUUACCUCACGCUGGAGCAAUUAACAGAUAUUCGACUCAAUAUAUCGGUUGUCCGACCCUUGGUAGACAAGCUUUAUGAGCAGAAUGACAUAUCUAUCGUUUACUGUUUACUCGUAAACAGAUCUCAGUUCCUGCAUGAACAAGAGCAUAUGACCAGUAGACAAAAUGUUCAUUUUACACGAGCAACACUUUGCGAGUUGGUAGCGACUCGUAUAUUAAGACGCUUCGGCGAUGAUAACCCAGGAUCUGAAGGAUUACUCCUUCUAGCGAACAUCUUAGUGGCCGGGUUCGGCCCUUUUCAGAAUGCACCUGAAGAAGUUCGUCAAGAGGCCUUUCUAGGACCUGCGCUGAGCCAAAAUAGAACAUUACCUGCCCUUGAAGUUGCUGUCUUAACUGGUAGCAAACAUUUUCUCAGCUCGACACAUUGCCAGAAGGUGGUCAACGCGAUUUAUAUUGGUCAGUAUGUGGAAAUUUAUUUCAUUCUAUUCAAGGCCUUCCAUCUCCAAUUGGAUAUGAUACCGGACCGAUACAAGCAGAAGCCCAUAUCGUUAUAUGAGCCACAUGAGGCGCCCCUGCUGAACCAGUAUCGUUUAAUAGUGCCUCGUACGAGAAACAUGUUGGAGAUAACCCAAUUCGUGAUCCUCCUUAUACUAUACCUCCUAUUCAUGCUGGAGAGGAAGGCAGAGUACUUAAGCGUUCUGGAGGUUGCGUUUUCGGUUUAUGCGUUCGGUUGGGUUCUAGAUCAGUUUGCGACACUCCUUGCACAUGGAUGGAACGUGUACACACAAAAUUUGUGGUCUUUCUUAGAUGUUAUGUUUGCAUUAGUCUAUUGGGCCUAUUUAAUUUUGAGGCUUUACGGUUGGAAAAGCGGGCAACCCGAGCCAGGGCAACAAGCUCUCGACGUACUUGCUAUGGGAGCCCCUGUACUCGUACCGCGACUAGCAUUCAACCUACUCUCAGACAACUUGGUGUUUUUAUCCUUACGAUCGAUGAUGGCGGAUUUCACUCUCCUGACGGCUUUGGCAGGUUGGUGCUUUGGUGGGUUCUUGCUUUCCAUGGUAUGGCUAGCAGAAGGACGUCAUAAUAUUGUGACUAUUAGUAAAUGGAUGCUAUGGAUCUGGUUUGGGUUGGAUGGCACUGGCAUUUCACGUUCUACGGAAUUCCACUGGCUUCUAGGACCAACUUUGAUGAUUACAUUUGCGUUCUUGGGUAACACGCUAUUCUUGACAAUAUUGGUGUCGAUGCUCUCGAAUACCUUCAGUACUAUUGUCAGCAACGCCACCGCCGAGAUCCAAUUUCGAAAAGCCGUUUUAACCCUCGAAGGUGUGAAGAGUGAUGCUAUAUUUGCAUAUCAGCCGCCGUUUAACAUCAUUGCCUUAUUCGUUCUGGUUCCGAUGCGAUUUGUGGUUAGUCCCCGUUGGUUCCACAAGAUCCAUGUGGCAACGGUUAGGACAAUCAACCUACCAGUGCUGCUCUUCAUUGCCGUGGUAGAGAGGCGACUUUUAUGGUCAGAUACGGAGUUAGCGCAAUAUCCCACAGAGCAGCUGCCGAAGAAACGUCGUAGCCGAAGCUGGUUCUGGGAGAGAUGGAGAAUAACGAGCCACGGAGAUAUUCAAGCUGUAUUUGAUAUUUCCCCCCCUGAUUCGGUCGAGAACGAUAUUGCAGUUGACGAUGAACUUACGCAUCAUAUGAUUCGGAGACAAUUUGCCCGAAACCAGACCUCUACAUUGGUAGAGCCGAGUAAGAAGCAGGACAAUGGCGACGCGAAUCAACAGCGACAAGAACGGCAGCAGCAGCAGCAGCAACCUCAAGAGCCACAAGAACCACAGUCAUUUAAACCACCGAGCCGUAGAGACUCGAUAGCCCCAUAUGGGAUGCUGACGGAACAAAUACGUGCUAUUAUGAGCGAAUCAUCCGAAAUCGAAGAUCUAACAAGCCGUCUGGGUUCAUUGGAGCGUACUACUUCGAGGAUUGAGGAGAUGCUGACAAGGAUAUACAACAGUGAUGAUGAUGACAGGAAGACCCAAGAAUCAUAG